AUGCCAUCACAGGAGAAGCGCGGAGGGAAGAAGGACGAUGGCAAGGACAACAGCACCGGGGUCAAGAAUUACCAGCUGCGAAGGAGAAUUUUGGAUGCUUUGGAUGAUGCAUCCUAUUCUGCUUGGAAAAACCAGCCAUCAAUAUGCAGUAUUCAGGAGGGCAGCAAGUCUGACACGGACAAGCUACUGGAUGCCGUCGAAGCCAAGAUGAGGGCCGAAAUGGAAGAGCAGCAGCGUCGUGCCAAGUUCGAACGGCUCCGGGACAAGCGAAUCAAAGAACUGGAAGAGGUUCGUGUGCAGAAGUGGAACGCCCACAUGGCGGAAGUGAGAGAAGCCUAUCGCAAGAAGAUGUUUGAAGAGGAGCAGAAGGCCAACCAACGGCGGCUCGUGCAGAAGGAUAAGGAGGCCGAGAUUCAAGCUGCCGCGGAAAAGAAGAAGCAGGAGUUGGAACGGCUCCAGCGCUUGCGAGAGCAGAACAUCCUCCUCAGGGAAAAAGAGCGAUUGGCCAAUAUGGCAGCCAAGGCUGCGUGA